AUGGAGGCGCGCAGAGCGAACGUUCGAGAGCAGACAGCGUCGCGGCGGCCGUCCAACAGAGGCCUCGUCGUCAAAGCAGCAUACGGCACUGCGGAACGAGAUGGGUUACUUGUAAAGGUAUCCAAGGCGCAGCUGGUCGAGACCGCAUCGACCUCAGCACUCGUUUACUUCCCGCGCCAGAGGCGUCGCGUCGAGUGCGCGCUCGAAGACAAUGACGAUGACGACGAUGGCGACAAGGAAGGCGAGGAAGGGGAUGACGGAUUUGCGUUGGACGAAAAUCUCUUUGAGCUUCACACACACCGACAUGCGUCAACUCCACGUGCGGAGAAAUUAGCCGCUGGCGCGAAGCACCUAGCUAAAACAUCAGCGCUGAACAACGACACCACUAGAUCGCAAUAUCGCAACAUAUCAUCUGCGUGGGCAAGGAUUCAGAGUUCCAGUCUGGGCAUGCAAAACGAUGUUCCCUUUACGCUCCGGCUCGAAGAAACACUACUCAGAGCCACUGAAUUGACAACUCCCUGGGUAUUUCCAAACAUCGGAUACGGACUUGUCAAGACUUUGUCUGUCGACUCAAACAUCUUCCAUGCCUAUUAG